AUGUCUGUCGAAACUAUUACUACCAUUUCCCCCAUCACCAACAAGCCCGUCUUGACCAGGAAUGGAAUCUCUGCGGAAGAUCUACAGCAGUUGCCCAUUACUGCCACCGAAGCAUUCUCGAAGUUUCGAAAGACUUCAUUGAAAGAACGACAAGACAUUGUAAAGAAGGCUCUCAAGCUCUUGAACGACAAGCAAGAUGAACUGGCGAAAGAGUUAACAGAACAGAUGGGCCGACCCAUUGCCUAUACUGCGAAGGAAGUCGCGACAGCUGUGAAGAGAGGAGAAUACCUUUUGAAGAUCAGUGAAGAUGCAUUGAAGGAUACAGACGGAGAAGCAGAGAAAGGAUUCAAGAGAUUCAUCCGAAAGGUGCCUGUUGGACCGUGUCUCAUCCUUUUCGCAUGGAACUACCCCUAUCUUAUUCUCGUGAACUCCCUGAUACCUGCCCUCCUUGCAGGUAACUCGGUCAUCCUAAAGCCAUCUCCGCAGACACCCACUAUCGUUGAACAUAUUGCCACUAUAUUUUCCGAAGCUGGCCUCCCAGAUAAUGUUAUCCAGUACUUCCACUGCGGCUCCCCUCUCAUUAUCGAAUCUAUUGUUAGAGAUCCAAAAGUAUCUCUAGUGUGCUUCACCGGAUCUGUAGCUGGUGGUUUGGCUACAGCUAAGGCUGCAGCAGAUAGAAUCGUGAAUGUUGGUCUUGAGCUUGGUGGCAAGGAUCCCGCAUACGUAAGAGGAGAUAUCGAUGUAGCAUGGGCGGCUGAGGAGAUCGUCGAUGGAGCUGUUUUCAACUCGGGCCAAAGUUGUUGCAGUUUAGAAAGAAUCUAUGUUGAUGAGAAGAUCCAUGAUGAGUUCAUUGAGGCGUUGCAGAAUGUCUUGAAGAACUACAAAUUAGGUGAUCCUUUCGAUAAGGAGACGCACGUCGGCCCCGUCGUCUCAAAAAGGUCAAAGGAAACGAUCGAGGCUCACAUCAAGGAUGCAUUGGAUAAGGGUGCCAAGGAUCUCACUCCCGAGAACGAGACUUUCAAGGCACCUCCUCCAGAAGGCAACUACGUUAAGCCAACGUUGCUUGGUAAUGUUGAUCAUAGCAUGACCGUGAUGACGGAAGAGACUUUCGGUCCCGUCAUCCCGGUGAUGAAAGUCAAGAGUGAUGAUGAAGCCAUAAAACUCAUGAAUGACAGUGAAUUUGGGUUGACCGCUUCGAUAUGGACGAAAGACACGGCCAAAGCAGCCGAAUUAGCUGAAGAUGUAGAGGCUGGAACUGUCUUUGUGAACAGAUGCGAUUAUCCAAGCCCUACGAAUGACGAAUCUACCUUGACAUUUUCCGUGGUGCUGAAAGUUCCUUGA